AACCUGACGCACGGCUGACGGCAUCCUGGAACUUUGAAAGCAGCUGCUGCAUCGUCUGACCUGCCCACUCGUUCGACACGUCAUCCCUCCUCUAAUUCGGGCGCGCAUCCUUGGCUGCACGGCGGCUCUGGCUGCGGGGCACAAGCGGCGGCGGCGCGUUGAUGACGACACUGGCGCUGCCCGGCGUCGAGAGCGACGCGUGACUCAUCUCGCCGCGUCGAACGCUCCCGUUCCGUCCUGCCGACGGUGAGCCGUGAGCCGGCGGGCGCCGUCAGUCCGGGGUCAGACGGCGCUGGAAGGCAGCAGGGACGGUGCCGCCAGCUGCGGGUCAUCGUGACAUUAGGUCGGAGCCAUGUCGGUGCCACUCUACUUCGACGACCCCUUUUUCGACGACGCGCUGCGCGACUUCAGCCGCCACCGAUCGCCGCGCAUGUUCGACCAACACUUCGGCAUGGGCGUGCCGCGGCGGCCGCUGGUGGACGACUACCUGCCGGCCGUCUCCAGCCGCCGAUACGCCUCCAGGGCGCCCGUCGUCCUGCACAGGCAGAACUCGGGCACCUCAGAGAUCACGUCGCACAAGGACCGCGUGGAGAUGCGGCUGGACGUGCAGCACUUUUUGCCCGAGGAGCUCAAGGUGAAGAUCGUCGACGGCCUGGUGGUGGUCGAGGCCAAGCACGAGGAGAAGCGGGACGAGCACGGCUCGGUGGCACGCCAGUUCACCCGGAAGUACGAGCUGCCUGAGGACGUGGACGAGGACGGCGUGGUCUCCCACCUGAGCAAGGAGGGCGUGCUCACCAUCACCGCGCCCAGGAAGUGCCCCCAGCAGCCGGACCGGCCCGAGAAGACCGUGCCGCUCAAGGUGGAUAGGGACGGAAAGUGAGAGACAGCCAGAGGCCGGAUGACGAGCUGUGCAACGGCGCUGAAGACGCGGAGGGGUGGUGCGCUUCUCCGUGCACGUGAUAACACCAUGAUAUUGAAGUGUUUAAACGUUUUAUUUCACUAAUUCACUUAACGUUCAUUUUUUAUUAUGCAGCUGUAACUCGCGUUUCAGAAAAACAACGUGAGGUAUGUUCCACACUAGAGUAUACAAUAGAGCUUUUUGUCGGUGGAACUUUGGCUUCCGUGUACUUACAUACAUGUGAUGCAACAUCAUUUUUAUGGAAUAACCAUGCUUAUGUAAGGACGUUUCAUUAAAAAUGGACAAGUGAG